AGCAGCAUCAAUGGUAACAGUAGCACUAGCAGCAUCAAUGGUAACAGUAGCACUAGCAGCACCAAUAGCACCAGUAGUACUAGCAGCACCAGUAGUACUAGCAGCACCAGCGCCAGCAAGGGCAGUGUGGCCCGAAAGAGGACAGCAUCAACCGCGGCUGCAGAACAAGAAGGAGCUCCAAGGCGCAAGCGUGCGGCCAAUGCGGCAUCAGGGCAGGAAUCGGCCCCAGGAAGUGCCUAAACCCCAUCUCAACCAUAUAUGUGUUCGCAAGCACAUUUAAAAAUGAUCGUUGGUGCGUUUUUAAUGCUCCAACG